AUGGCUGAAGAGGCUGCCAACGCUACUGCCAAGCUCCCUUCCGUCGAAUCCAGCCUCGGACAGUGCCGCUGCAAGUUCUCGGGUCAAAAGGGGAGCCCGGACGGCAAUUCGAAGAACUCGGGACGACUUUCGACUGCUCGGGCGACACUCCAUAAGUUCUCGGGGCGAAAGAGGGCGCCGUCGCAUAGCUCGACGAUGUGUCAGAGGGAACACUGGAGCAUCGGUGAUCACCGCGUCGCCUUCGCCCCGACUGUGAGAUACCUCUACACCGUCAUCCCCAUGCGCGCCAAGGACGCGCACUUCUUAGCUGUCAUUGCACGCUCUUACGUCGAGAAGAAUUAUGCUACCAUUCUUGUGCGCGUCCGUGGCCCACCGGGCGCCUACGAGUGCGUCCGCGUCGACCUCAGCCUCACCAAUCUGCGCGAGACCUUGUCCGACAUUUCCACCGGCGCGAAGUUGGACUCGGAGAUCCACCUGGAUCCCUGUCCAUAUCCGACGUUCUGCGUUCAUGUCGAGCAUAUGCAGGGCGACACGCCGCGGACUCGGGUGGUCCGGCUUACUCCGCGGACGGCGUCGUGGCGCCUUGCGCGGGAGGGGCGGCGGCGGGUGUUGGACCUGUUUUAUGGUCGAUUCCCUACUAAUUUGCUUAUUCUUGUUUCGGCCGUUGAGCACGUAUACCAAGCGCGUGCCACGCUUUCCCUGCCGCGACUCGAUUCUGGUGGACCCUGCUUCGGCCCUCGUCCGGAUGACACGUCGAAGAUCGUCGCCGGGAAUUCUUUCGCCGCCCAGUCGACGCCUUUCUGCUCGCCAACGAUCUUUCCUCUUGCCAUCACCGACACGCUGAUCCUUCGUCGUUGCUCUAUGGCCACUGCACCCGAUUUUGCUCUGCCCGACCUCUCAAAUCCUUUGCAUCAGCCGGGAGACCUCCAGACUCUCUUUGGAGCCGUCUCUGCCUUGGCGCGCUCCCAGGAUGAAGGUCCGACGAUGUUCGCGUCGGAGGAGGCUUUGCACGUCAAGGCUGCGAAGCGAGCCCUACGCGCACGUCCCCUUGACAUCGUCUUGGCUGCGCCACCUGGUAUCCCCUUCGAGCUUUAUGUGCACACGACCGCUGGAAAAGCGAUAUGCGUGGCGUUCAUCGCGCUAAAGUUCCUUCACUUCUCGAUUCCUGCGAAGCUGGACCGUCAGCUGUGGCCAUUCGACGAUUCCAUAUGGCCACAUCUACUUCGCUGGGCGGACUAUCUUCUUCCCUCUGGCUACAUCUCCGAUAUCCACCUAUGCAAAGAAGCCAGGCAGCAUGUACUGUUCCGCAUUUCCACUGUGAUCGGGAUCACCGAGUGCCUCACAUCGCUCCCCAAGGAGCAGGUGCGGUCGUGCCUACUCGGCGGCAGUAACGAUGUCUUGCACACCCUCGUUACACUGUGGGUGCGCUGGACUGACCUUGUGCCGGCCCUCGACAUGGGUCCCCGCGAGGUUAUGUGGUCUGCGUGCCUCCUUGGCUCCGUAUGGGAUUCUUUCGAGGGCCAGCCCGCGGAGGACGUCCUUCGUACGCAGAUUAUGCGUGUCGCCGGCGGCAGCGCGAGGGACGUGUUUCGCGCCGGCGCUGCGUAUCUGUGCGCUUUAUCGGCCGCGGGCGCUGUCGCACGAGAGCGGGACGAGAUUGGGGAGCAAACGACCUUCGUAGCCGCUAUCAUUCGCCCGUACGAUGUUGGUCCGGAGACGCUGCCCAGCUCGUUCAUCGCGACUCUGGUCACGAUACUCGACGACAACCUUACCGCCGCUCCCGAUUCGCACAACCUCUGGGUGCAGAUCUUCAUGCUUCUGUGUACAUUGUGUGGUCACUCGGACCACGCGACAAUGCUCUGCAUCAAGCAUGGACUGUUCCCUCUUCUCGUCCGCAUACGGAGCAUCUGCUCGCAUUGCUCGACCGGAGUCGUUCCCUACGGCUCCAAGCAGGUCUCCUCUGGCGGAGCCACGGGCAUACUGAUGACUUACAUUCGCAAUACCUUCUGGUCCCGUCGAGCUGUCGCGAAUUUCCAUACGGCUUAUGAGAACUACGCGGCUCGCAUGCCUAUCGUCCCGCUGCGAGAGGAUGAGCGAGCGGUUCUGGACGUUGCCGAUCGCCAUUACGCUCUGCUCAUAGAGGCUGAGGAACAGUGGUCGAGCGUGGCCAAGUGCUGCAACUACAUGUGCGCUAGUUCUGAAUCUGCUGCGCUGCGUUCCUGCCCCUGCGGAGAAGCCCUUUAUUGCUCCACAGAUUGUCAGCGAGCGCAUUGGAGCACCGGGGAGCAUCGCUACCUCUGCGAUGUACACUUCGCAAGCCGAGCUGGGAGUACAUGCCCCACUGUGAAGUCGAAGGACGUCUACUUCCUGGUCGUAAUCGCACGCGCCUUCGUUGAAAGCAACUAUCAGCAAAUCCUCGCCCGGCUGAACCGCCAGCCCAGCGGAAACGAUCUUAUCCUCGUCAAUCUGCCCUUAUUGCACGACCCAACGGUGACCGAGUUGUUCACGGCGACGGCUUGUGAAAACUCGUUUAGGCCGGAUAUUUGUCCGUAUCCUUCUAUCUCCGUACAGGUGUCGUAUCAGCAGACGAAUGGCGUACGCGCCCGUCUAGUGAACCUCGUUCCCAGAAGUGCUGCGUGGCGAUACGGCAAGGACGAGUUCGCGACGCUCACGUGCACCUUAUAUGACCCGCCGACGGAUUGGACCUGCGUGGACUGACGAUCCCUGCAGGGGCUUCUUGAAGUGCGUGUUCCAUUGCACGCGGUGUUCUUGGAGAGGAGAAGGGUGUCGAUAUCAUACUGAGGGAAAGACGGGAAGUAUAGACACGAAAUGAAAGUCGGUCUUGGGAAUCAAAGCGUCCGAGCGUCCGUAAUGGUAUAUACGAGGUCCGAGUCCAGUAAGAUGUCCAUGAAGUGGAGGAUGAGUUCAGUAGAAGCCGGGUAUAUGUAAGUCCAGAGUAUCCGCGACGCACGUCAAAGUCCAGCAGAACGAAUGUGUCCGAGAUGAAAGUCCACCAAGCUUCCCGCUGAGAGGAGUCCUUGUCUACAGUCGCGCAUCAUAUGCCCACCGCUACGCGAACCUGCCUAACUAUCGCCAACUUUGACUCGAAUAUCGGGCAUCUAGGGGCGAAGAUCUUCAUCGCUUCUUCCAGCGC